UGUAGCAGGGAAUAAUUUUCCUGGUAUCGCAUCGCAAUUUGCUCCACAUUUUUUUAAAGACAGUUAUUAUGCAUAAAAGUCUUUUGUAAUUGUAUAGCAUAUUUUUAUAUAAAAGUUGAGAGCUUCCCUCUUAUGACCAAAAAAGCUAUUCAAAUUUGUGAAGCAAAGUUAUUCCCUGUAUAAGUUUAACGGACAUAGCAUUAGACCUAUGUAUUUGCAAACUGGAUGUAUUUUCCAAGUGAAAUUUGAAGUUUAUGAAGGUUUUAACUUUCAUGUUCUACAGUCCUAAAAAAAAUGCAGGCCUAUGUUAUCAAAACGUGAACCCUCAAAAUGUUAGUGGAGGCGAUGCCUAUAAAGCGCUUCCUUUUCGCCAAAGUUGAGGGAACUGAAAUUGUGCCCUUUUUAUUUGGCUGUAGUGUCUUUUUCCCUUUAAAUUAUAAUCUUAUAAUUUUUCUCUCUGUCUGCUGCCUUGGCUAUGAAAAAUUGCCCCUCUUCAAUCCCAUUUCGAGACCUGCUGCUGUAGACUUUACAUAAUUUUAAACCAAUUUAUGAACCGUGAUAACUGGGCCAUGCACAUUUAAAUGUGGUUCCUUCCUUUAAUGUAUGGGUCACAGUGCUCACUUCUAGAAUACACAAGCAAAUCAGUGCUUGAUAGCAUAAUAAUUAACAAAUUGUAUCCAUCCACUACUGUACAAUCAGUGAGUGAACUUUGACACAAAGUACCCUGGACCAAUUAAGCAUUUUCACGCUUUGCAUUUCAGACAGUGUCGAGGAUUUGUGUACAUUAAGAUACACUGUAGAUUUGAAUUACGUUUCGAUAAGUGCAGAGCAUUCGUUUCCCGGCCUUGUAUAGUAUUUGCCAGGUACUCUCACAAAGGUAUUGAAGUAUUUUGAUCAAGAAUGUCGGAUUCAAGUUACGAGGAUGAUGUUAAUGCGGUAGACACAACUAUUACAAUGAGACAAGCCUCCAGGGCCCUGGAGCUCCUGGAGGAGUACCACUCCAAGCUGACUGCUCCAGGGGACCGCCCUCUCCGCAACGCCAUCGAACGUGUCAUCCGCAUCUUCAAAAGUCGUCUCUUUCAAGCCCUCCUCGACAUUCAAGUCGCUUGCGUUCUUCUUCCAGUCGAUAACAAUAUACAAGAGUUCUAUGAGGAGACGUUGAUGGACAAUUCAAAAUCAAUGUCACAAAAGACGUUAGAAACAUUACAAGUUGUGAGCAAGUGGGAAGAACAGCAGCCGUUUGCACAAAAUUCACCUAAACAACCUUCAGAGAAUGAGGUAUAA